ACGUCAUUUCUUGCACGGUUACCUUGAUCGCGAAAGUCAGUCGUUGUGCCUUGUGAAAAAUUGCAAGAAGUCUACGCAGAAUGUGGCUGUAAAUACGCAUGGAUAAUAAAGGGCCAUAAUAAUGCGGUCUAUUAUUUCGAGUGCUUUCAUUGAUAUAAAGUUUGGUGACGAUUUGGUUUUAGUAUUUUUACCGUCGUAACCGGAUAUAGAGCAGAGAAGCGUCGAAUUCCGCCUAUUUAAUUUUUUUCGCAACGUUGCCGGUUUGACUGGUCUGCAGGAAAAUUUUCGGGACGGUUGGCAGGUCUGACGAGCGAUGGCAACGUCGCGAGGCUUCUUCACUGCCGUCAUUUUGACAAUUUAUGCCACUGCUGAGUACAUACCGCCUGGGCCAUUGUACAGGUGUCCCAAUGAGCCGUUGCUGUUGCAUCCGUGCACGUGCGAUGCUGAGACCGACCAAGGUCUGUACGUCAGCUGCAACAACACCAACUUGGCAAGCAUGGGCGUCGCGCUGAACAAUCUGGCAACGUUCGAGUUGCCAGUAGAGAGGCUAAUUUUGAACGGCUGUCAUAUGGCGAGGUUAUUCGGCGGUCUCCUUCACAAACUCAAACUGAGGACGCUACUGAUUGAAAACACACCCAUAGAAACCAUAGACCGCUACAGCUUCUUGGGAGUAAAUGACACCCUCAACGAGUUACAUUUAGUCAACUCAAGCUUGACGGAAUUUCCUAGCAUGGCGUUCAAGAUCCUCGGGAAUCUGACCGUCUUGAACAUCGACGGUCACAAUAUGACGCAGCUCCCGUUGGAUGCUUUCGCGGACAGCGAUCUGGCAGGACGACUUCUUAAACUUCACGUCGUUAAUGGACAGCUGGAUACGCCGGCGGUCGAGAGCCUGCAGCCCCUGAGGAAGCUAAAAACUCUCGACUUGCACGGUAACGACCUAAAAGCCCUGAAACGGAACCAGUUCAAGGGUCUGAGAGAUGUCGAGGUGCUGGAUCUCAGCUUCAAUAGCAUACCAAAAAUCGACUCGACCCAUCUCGGCGACCUUACCAAAAUGUCGUUUCUCAACGUCUCCCACAACCAACUCACAGAACUGACGAGGGGAGCGUUCGCCCGCAAUACGGUGCUCAGAGUUCUCAACAUGUCCUUCAACAAAAUCAAAAAACUCGACACCAAUUCGUUCCGAGGCAUGAGGUUCCUGCGCCGACUCUACCUCUCCGACAAUCUCAUCUCAGACGUCGGAAGGGGUACGUUCGGAUCCCUGCAGAGGAUAGGGACGAUCGAUCUCGCACGCAACUUAAUCAGAAAGAUCGACUAUCAGAUGUUCUAUCAGCUGAAUCUCAUCGAGGUCAUCGACGUGUCCGAAAACAAUGUCACCGAGAUUCAAAAGCUCGCGUUCAAAGACGUUUACCUGACCAAUAUCGACCUCUCGCGUAACAACAUCAGCAAAAUCGAAAUCGGCGCGUUCGAGAACUGCGCCAACAUCACUCGACUCGACCUCUCCUACAACCAGCUCAGGUCGUUGCCCAAAAAAGCCUUCGACGAGACCACUUACGCGACGGAGCUGCAGUUCUCGUACAACUUCUUCACCAGCCUGGACCAGAUCCCCCUGCACAACAUGUCCGGCUUGAAAAUCCUCAACGUUUCUCAUAACCUUAUCGAGUCGAUACCCAAGAAGACGUUCCCCAAACUCUAUGAACUUCACACGAUCGAUUUGGCUCACAACAACCUAUCCGAUAUCUUCAACGCGGUGUUCCAAACGCUCUUCUCCCUGCGGUACCUCAACAUGAGUCACAACUCUCUGCAGUCGAUCAAACCGAGCACGUUCGGGCCGGUACCCACCCUCCUCUACCUGGAUAUGAGUUACAAUCGUUUGGAGAACAUCGCCAAGAGCGCUUUGACCAGACUUGCCAGCAUGAGGGACCUGAUUCUGCGAGGCAACAAACUCACGUCGCUCUUCAUCCUCCCCAUAUCCACGUCCUCGCUGGAUUUGUCUCACAACGAGUUCGCCGAACUACCGCCAAAGCAGUGGCCCUCGAUGAACUCGCUGUUAAGCCUGGACCUGAGCCAUAACAACCUGAGGGAUAACCUAGUGCACGGCAGCUUCGGGAACCUGCUCACUUUGCAGAGGCUCAAUCUGAAUUAUAACGGAGCGACCAGGCCGCCGUGGGCGCCUAUCAGCGAACUCACGUCCUUGCAAUAUUUGUAUCUGAAGGGCAACAAUCUCACGAAGCUGGAACGGAACGCGUUUGGCAAGAUGCCUACGAUGUUCGAGCUCGACCUAGAGGACAAUAACGUAAACAACGUGACGGCGAGGGCGUUCGAAGGGCUGCUCCAGCUAAUCCGCCUGAACUUGAACAACAAUAACUUGACUGUCAUACCUAACGGCGCUUUUCAGGGUCUGGUCGCGCUCAACACCUUGGAUUUGUCACAAAACAGGCUCGUGAAACUGGACAACAAAACGCACGGUGUGUUCGAAGAUUGUCUGUCCCUCGAAAGGCUGAACUUGAGCCACAAUAAGAUCACGUUUUUAACGCGCAAGAUGUUCCCGAGCAAUCCUUACAUCCCCUACAGGCUGAGGGAGAUCGAUCUCUCCCACAACUACAUCCCGGUUAUAACGCACGAUUUGUUGUUCGGGACAUCGAAACUGGAACGGCUCGACCUUUCCCAUAACGCCAUCGCCGACUUGAGGAAAGGUGUAAUCGGAAACCUGUCGAUGUUGACUUCGUUGGAUCUCUCUGCCAAUCAGCUGCACGACCUGACGAGCGAACCGCAAUUGUUCCGGUUGCCCCGGAAUAUUUCGGUUCUGCGUUUAGGUGGUAACGAAUUGACCGAAUUGCCGUGGCAUCACGUGCUGAACGCGACGCAGCUUUCUGUGCUGGACGUGAGGGACAACCGGAUCCCGGAAUUCGGACCGGAAAUGACCGAACUAGCGGUCAGGGGGGUCGACGUCAUGUACCAAGGCAACCCCUUGAGAUGCGACUGUCUGCUACGACCCUUGAUCCGUCACUUCUCCCGUCAGCUCCACUUGAAGGAGUUUUACAAAGCGAUACGGUGCUCCAGCCCGGCUCCUUUGGCGGGCUCGUCGCUUUACGAGCUCCCAGAAGAGCGACUCGUGUGUCCACCGAACGUUAACACCACCAUUAUGCUCGAGGGGAUGGCGGCGGACGACUACGGGGUGCUGCCCGACCUUAAGUUCCGCGAACUGACGCUCAAGAAAAACAUGCUGCGCAUGAAAUGGCGCGUGAUGAAAAACGAAGACAUAGCGGACGUAUAUUUGGUGGUGAGGAAUGCAAAUAGCCCUCUGGAAGUCCUCUACCAGACGACGCUGUCAUAUUCCCAGAGGAAAUUCGAGACAGUCGUCGCUGACCAGUUGCGAAGCAACGAUGUGCUGCACAACACCUAUCAGCUCUGUCUUCUGGCGAAGAACAGCAAAGACGCAGUCAGAAAGUUUUACGGGGAACAGUGUAGGGACUUGGACGGGUCAGCUCUAAGUGGUGGCGGGAAUAGAGUUGAGCCCUACUUAAGUGUAGUGCUGGUUGUUGCGAUAGUUUUUGUCGGCAGGGGGUUCGUCGAUUAGUGCCAACGGUAAUAAAUUUAUUAU